GAGAGAAGCAUCUUCGAAAUGAAAUCAGGAAAACUUUGUGUGCUCUUUUUUUCCCUAUUACCUCUUGUAACAGUUGAAGCAGGACUCUUCGACUUUUUUGAUGUGUUUUUUGAUAAAGAUGAUUUACGGCCUUUCGAUUGUGAAGAUUUUGAGAAGGAUUUAAGGGAGUCUCUAUAUGGGCAGCACAUUGCACUGGAAACUAUACUGAAGGCUGUGUCCUGGUUUAUGAGAGAUCCAGAACCAUCCAAACCACUGGUGCUCUCUUUCCAUGGGCCAACAGGAGUGGGAAAAAGUUAUGUGUCCAAGAUCAUCGCAAGGAAUAUUUUUAAAAAGGGGGAAAAGAGCAACCAUGUCCAAACAUUCAUAUCCGAUUACCACUUCCCUCACAAAAAAGAAGCAACAUUGUACCAAACCCAGCUUAGAGAGUGGAUUUAUGGAAAUGUAUCAAGUUUUCCACGCUCCAUGUUCAUAUUUGAUGAAAUGGACAAGAUGAAUCCACAGCUGAUUGAUGCCAUAAAACCUUUUCUGGAUUACAGUGAUGUAGACAAAGUGUCAUUCCACAAUGCAAUCUUCAUUUUUAUCAGUCAUGCACCUGGGAAUCUGAUUGUCAACAUGACUCUAGAUUUCCUUAAAGAAGGCAAAGAGAGAAAAGAGAUACAUGGCCAGGGUCUAGAGACUCAAAUCUUUCAACACAUCUUGAAUGAUAAGAACAAUGGAUUUUGGAACUCCAGUCUCUUAGGUCAGCAUCUGGUGGAUCACUUUAUUGCUUUCUUGCCUCUGGAACUGAAGCAUGUGCGCCAGUGUGUCCUGGCUGAAAUGGCCUACCUGAACAUGACUAAAGACUUUGAUCUGGCUGACAAAGUGACCAAAGACAUUAAAUUAUUCGCCCCAGAGGAGAACAUCUUUGCUGAAAAAGGCUGCAAGUCAAUCAGACAGAAGUUGGUGCUUCUCAGUCAGGCAGCAGAACUCAUGGUCAUGAUGAGGAUGGUAGUGGCAUUGCUCUCUGUACUGAUGGUCUGCGUUCUACUGAUGCAUGCAACGGUGGCCAACACUGGAGAAUUUGAUCCAUAUAAGGUUCUUGGUGUCACCAGAAGUGCAAGCCAAGCAGAAAUCAAGAAAGUGUACAAACGCCUGGCCAAAGAAUGGCAUCCUGAUAAAAACAAGAAUCCAGAGGCAGAAGACAUGUUUAUCAAGAUUACCAAAUCGUAUGAGAUAUUAUCAAAUGAGGAGAAGAGAGCCACCUUCGAUCGCUAUGGACAAACGGAUAACACUCAUUCCUAUGGUCACAGCCAUCACAGGUUCCGCCACUUUCACGACAACUUCUUCUUUGACGAAUCUUUCUUCCACUUUCCCUUCAACAAUAAGGGUGGCCAGGACUUUGCCGGCAGCAAAUACACAUUGCAUUUCAACCAGUAUGUGAAUGAAGUUGUGCCUGACAGCUUCAAGAGGCCUUACUUGAUCAAGAUCACCUCGGACUGGUGCCUCAGCUGCAUCCAUAUCGAACCGGUCUGGAAAGAAACUGUGCAGGAUUUGGAACCUCUAGGUAUUGGAAUCGGUGUGGUUGAUGUUGGUUAUGAACGCCGUUUAGCUAAUCACUUGGGUGCACAUCAAACUCCGUCCAUUCUUGGUGUUGUCAAUAGCAAAGUGACUUUUUUCCACUAUGCUGUUGUAAAGGAGCACCUGAUGCAGUUCGUGGAAGACUUGUUGCCACAGAGACUGGUCGAAAAGGUAACAGACAAAAACAACCAAGAGUUUCUGAAGAGAUGGCAUGAGCUGAACAAGCCACAUGUUCUUCUGUUUGACCAAGUGCCUUCGGUUCCUCUACUUUAUAAGUUAACAGCAUUUGCCUAUAAGGAUUAUGUGCAGUUUGGAUAUGUGGAUCAGGGCCUUUCUGAAACCGCUGACCUGCUCAAAAGGUUCAACAUCAACACCUAUGCCCCUACUAUGCUUGUCUUCAAAGAGGAUGUAGAAAAGCCUGCAGAUAUUAUACAGGCUAAAGGGAUGAAGAAACAGAUAAUAGAUGAGUUCAUCUCCAACAACAAGUUUCUUCUAGCCCCUCGUCUGGUGAACCAGAAUCUGUUUGAUGAGCUUUGUCCUGUCAAACAGUUCCAUCGACGCAGGAAAUAUUGUGUUCUGCUAAUUACUGGUGAAGAAGAGUCCUUUGCCACAGGAAAUGAAGCCUUCCUCUCUCUAGCCUCUGCCAAUACUAAUGACGUGCUCCGGUUUGCAUACAUCUACCAGCGACAUCAGCAGCCACUAUGUGACAUUCUCUUAAAAAACAACGAUGGCCCACCACAGGUGGUGAUUUUGGAGAGGCGUAACAGUGCUGGUAAAGUCCUCUAUAAGCCAGUUUUGGGAGGAUGGAAUGGCAGUAAGGAAGACAAACACAAGCUCUUGGAGGAACUAGAAAGACUGCAGAAAGAUCCAUCCAUCCUCAACUAUGAUGCCAUCCUGCCUGAGCUCAACAAUGAAUUUGCAUCUAUGUUUUUAAUCAGAUGGAUUUACACAGCAUAUGACUUCUUGUCUGAAAUUAUUGAUGAUCUUCUUCACAGUAACUGGCGUGAGAUGAUGCCCCUUUUGUCUUUGAUAUUCUCCGCACUCUUCAUUUUAUUUGGCACUGUAAUAAUUCAGGCUUUCAGUGAUUCAAGUGAGGAAAAACAGCCCAAAGCAAAAGAGUCAUCCAAGUGUGAGAAUGAUUCACCAAGCACCUCUAACACAUCCAGUCGCCCACCAAGGAAGAGCUUUGUGGAGGUGACAGAGUUGACUGAUAUCACAUACACCAGUAACCUGGUGAAGCUGAGGCCAGGUCAUAUCAAUGUGGUUCUGGUUCUUAGUGAUGCAACCAAGAACAUCCUGCUUAGCAAGUUUGCCAAAGAGGUUUAUUCAUUCACUGGGAGCUUGACACUACACUUCUCCUUCCUAAAUGUGGAUAAACAUAACGAAUGGAUGGCAGCCGUACUGGAGUACGCCCAGGAUGCCAUGCAGAUCGACAUGGAUGAAGACGAUUUGGCCAGCCGUAAAGUAGACUACACAGGCUAUGUCCUGGCCCUAAACGGCCACAAGAAAUACCUGUGUCUUUUCAAGCCAGUCUACACAGGUGAAGACCUGGAAAGCAAACAGGAGGAGGAAGAAGGAGGUUCGAGGUCCAGAAAGGGCAUGACACGGUCUCGGUCCACAACUCUUCAAAUCCACCACAAACUGGACCGACUUGGGCUUUGGAUGGAGCGACUGAUGGAAGGGACCCUGCCCAGGUACUACGUCCCAGCCUGGCCAGGACUGGAUAAGAUAACGGUCAAUAAAUAGAGUAUGAUGGGAGCUGGUAUGCUUUUGAUAAAGCCAAUAACACCUCUAGUUUAAUUAGAAAGACUGAAGUUCUCUUGAUGCACGACCAGGUGUGAUGCUGCAAAUAGCUCAACUGUACUUGUGAUGAACUGUGAUGUUCGUAAAACGAAUUUACGUAAUAAGAUUUCACAAAAGGCCUCUCUGUGGAAGGGUUAAAUUUACAUAAACAUUUUUCAGACACAUCCAAAGCGACUUUAGGCCAAAGUAUACUUCGGUUUUCCACGUGCUGUUACGUAUCGCACACUGUGAGCCUAAUGCAAAUUUUGCACCUGCUGUUAACUGUAAUAAAGAGAAUCGCAAAGCAGUCGUUUUGUGGGCCUCUGUAUGGGCUCUCAAAAGAGUGUAUUUUUAAUGGCUAAGCACUUGACCGUGAGCGAGACGUAACAGCACGUGGAAGAACAAAGUAUACCCUGGACUUUAAACAUUUUCUCAGUUUGUGCAUUCCUUGGGAGUCAAACCCGUGACCUUGGCCAGUGCACUGUUCUAUCUGUUAAACUAGAGGAACACGGUACAGCUAAAAGUUGCUCUGCACAUAGCUGUUAUUGUCAUCCUUAUUUGAGUUGUGAAAGGAUGAAUAACCAUUCCUGCAAAUUUUAUGGCAUUUGAGGGACUUGAAAUUACACUGACACUGUUAAUGACUUCAUGGAAACAUUUUUACGUCAUCCAACCGCAGUGCUGUUGGCCAGUUUAGCUGCUCUAAUGGAGGCCUUUACAAUCAGUUUGGGUCUUCAGUAUUUAUUUCAGAAUGCUGUUGGGUGAAAGCAAGUAUAUUUAUACAGCUGGCCUAGCUUUUAGUUUCAUAUCUUAUGCUUUAAAAAUGUGUCUGUUCUACGCAUAUUUUGAACACCGCUAGUUCAAAAAUAGUCUUCAAAAUGUAGCAUAACUUGAUCACUGUAGAAAAAUUUGCUCAAACACUGUUUAGUCUUAAAGGUACACUCAGUAAUUUUUUAAUGUAGCAUCUUGGGCUUACACUGACACCUAGCGGCUUGGAUGCAGCAUUAUUCAAACUUAGUAGUUUUGAGUUAUUGUCGCCAAUGUAGAAAUUCACAGCCAGUCAUGAUUCAUUUAAUCCCUGAGUGAAAGUGUCAAAUAACAGGGCGGUUACUGAGAUUAAGCGAGUAGUAUUCGACUGGUCAUGUGAUUCAUGGACCCUCUCCAUGUAGAAUAAAACAGCUUUUAUAAGGUUACCGAUAUCACUGGAGUCUUCAUCUCAUGCCUGUGCUUGCAGUUUUAUACAUGUUUCAAAAUAUCAAUUAAUUUCUUUAGAAGUAAAACUUUUUAAAUGAGGAAAAAAUUACUGAGUUCACCUUUACCUAGGUUUACUCAUAACAAUGCUGUGAAUUUUUGUUUCACAAAUUGUAUUUCCCUAUUUUAACCCCUCAAUUAUGGGCUGCACAAUUAAUUUACAAGUACAGCUGCCACAGUGAACUAAUUGUGAGUAUAAAGUAUCAAUUAUAGCAGUCCAUGUAGGUCUACUCAUGAUGUGUCAAAAUGUUAGACUUAAUUUUCUAUUUAACGUGUGUUUUUGCGUCGGUUGAGCAUUGUAACCAAUCACAAGUCUGUUGCUUGCUUCUGUGUAUAAUUUAUUUGAAAAUUUUAAGUUUUGUGUCUUCAUGUACUGAUAAAUAUAAAGUAAUGAAGUAAAUCAGAAGCACUUGUUUUAGAUGUGUAGCCUACAUAAAAAAAAAAAAAAAAAAAAAAUGCAUGCAGUUGAUCUGCCCAAAAUAAGUAUUUUAAUGUAAAUUGAAUUAAUCAAAAUUACAAUGUCAUGUAAAAUAAUCGGCAAUUGUUAUUUAUAUAUUCAUAAUCGUGCAGUCCUACACUAUCAAGAAAGUGCAAUAUUAUAACUUUGCUUUAAAUAUCUGACUUAUAAGCUGUUUGUUUUAAAAUAAUUAGGUGAAAUUAUUAACUCUACACGAUGUUUUCAACUAAAAACGGAAAACUUUUUAUGCGUUUUGGCUGUUCGUUUACACAUGAAUUUGUGAAAACGAUCAAAAAUGCGCAUGCGUAUUACGUGUUCAGUCUAUAGGCAUGCACGUGAUUACUUCAAAACAAUGCUUGGAAGAAUGCUUAUGUAUGCAGGCUCGUAGUGUUUCUUUACAAAGUGACCGCCAACUACUGGCCUGGCAUGCAUAAUACAGUGUUUUUAGUCAUUUUCGCGGAUCCGUGUGAACGGGGAUCGUUUUGACAGUGUUGUCAUCUGUACGCGAAACUUUUCAAAAACGCAAAGGAAAAACGUUUCUGUUUUUAGUACAUCGUUGUCCUGUAAACGUACCCUAUGGCUACGUCCACAGUAAUCCGGAUACAUUUGAAAAUGACGUUUUCAUUUUCGAAAUGCUCUCCGUCCACACUGACGCUUUCGAACAUUUUCCAAAAGUUGCUCCUCCACACUAAAAAUAGCCAUUCCAUGUACAGUCUUAAACGUUAUUGUCCUCAUGUUCUGUCACCAGACAGCAAUUCCAAGUAAACUUCCUGUUGCCUUUGAAGGAAUGCAAUGUGAAGUUUGUACAAAGUAACAUUAUCUUUAACAAUGCUAUCAAAGUGAAUAGCAGGCACAACAACAUCGCUAUAACACUGGCCGCCAUCUUGAAUGUUUUGGGUUGAAUGGCUCACAUGACUGCGUCACAUGACAACAAAUACGUCAUAGUUUUCAAAUAUCUCCAUUUUCUCUGUUCACCCUAAAACACAAAGACAGUGUUUUAAAAUGUAUACACUUGGGAGAGCAUUUUCAAAAAGCUCAGUUUUCACUGUCAAAAACGCUGUCUCAGUGUACGUUAAGAAAACGUUAGUGUGGACAUGGCCUAAAAGUAACAAAAAACCUAAUUCUAAGAUAUAUAUAUAUAUAUAUAUAUAUAUAUAUAUAUAUAUAUAUAUAUAUAUAUAUAUAUGGUGGCGCGGUUACUCACCUCAAUCCGGGUGGCGGAGGACAAAUCUCAGUUGCCUCCGCUUCUGAGACAAUCCACGCAUCUUAUCACGUGGCACAUUGUGCAUGACUCCGUGGAGACUCACAGCAUGUGGAGGCUCAUGCUACUCUCCAUGAUCCACGCACAACUUACCAUGUGCCCCAUUGAGAGCGAGAACCACUAAUUGCGACCACGAGGAGGUUACCCCAUGUGACUCUACCCUCCCUAGCAACUGGGCCAAUUUGGUUGCUUAGGAAACCUGGCUGGAGUCAGUCAGCACACCCUGGAUUCGAAGGGGUGGUAGUCAGUGUCAAUACUCACUGAGCUACCCAGGCCCCUAAGAUAAAAUAUUUAAUUGAAAUGUCUCUAAAAUAUUUUGAGACAUUUAUUCAAUUUAUUAGAACCAUAUAUUAGUUAAUCUUCGAAAAAAAUACCAAAAUUUGAAAUAUUUUUUUAUUUACAAAUGAUGGUGAAAAAUAGUACCUCUGUCAUCUUAAUUUUCAAGAAUUUAUUCAGAUAUAUCCUUUGUUUGAAAAGGUAACUUUAAAAAUUUAGGUUUUUAAAUGUGUUAUCAAAAAGAUAUAAAGCAGGGUAUCUCAACCUUGUGCCCACUGCGUCCCAGCUUCUUUUUUUUUUUUAAUGCCAGUCAUCCAUGACCCACCAAGAAAACAGAUAUGAUCAGUUCUGCUGUCACUGUCAAUUUAUAACUCCAUGAGUGUUCAACAUCACACACACCUGAGAUACUACAUUCCAAAACAAGAGAGAUAUAUCCACUAUUAUUUCCAAAACUGCUCCAGUGAGAAGUCAUAAAGAUUUUGUUCACCCUCUUUAGUGUUUUGUGGUGAAGUAACACAUAUCACUAAUUAACAUUUGCGUGAAGGCAUCUCAACGCCGUUAUUGCAGGAUAAACUGUUAUUUUUUCCUGCUAUGACUGUUUUCAUGACAAACAAAUAUCUCUGUUAAGCUGUUCAGACGAGUUUGACAGAUUCGCGCUGAUGAGUGACUCUCAGGUGAAAUUGAGAGCGUGAAUUCUUGAUUGACAGACCGCACACAUACUGUUUCUAUGAACGCACCCGCUGACGCACAGCCACUCUCAUUAAACAUCAGCUGUCUGUGCUCAGUUUUUGCAGUUUAUUUCCCUCACUAACUGUGCUGUGCUUCAGCCAUUCAGAGAGCUACCAUGAGCCCUUUGAUAAAGGAUCACCUCGAUUGAAUUCAUGCACAUUUGAUAGGCUAUUGAUAAAUAUAUUUUUUAUGAUGAAUGCGUGCCACGUGUUGAGUAGUGCUGCUAGUGCAUGCAACGGUUUCUGGCAUUUAUGGAUUAUUGUGAUUGGACAGCUAAUAAUUAACAUUAGAGAAAUGCAGCCUCUUACUUGCGGUCAUUUACAUAAACCUUGAGAUAUUAACACAAUUUGACAAUAGAGGUCACUGUUGCCCCAAACAAUGCAAAUGUACAGUUCUAUCCUUCUAAUUGGUAAUUUGUACUCAUGACAGAAAAGAUCUCAUGACCCAGCAAAAUUGGGUUGCGACCCAGUGGUUGAGAAACCCUGAUAUAAAGCAUCCGUAAUUAGAUUUUAUUUAGUCACUUCAUUCUGUUGUUGCGCACCACCGUGUCAAAUUUCUUGACAUCUUCCACACCCGAUGAAGUAGAAACUGUUACACAAGCACAGCUUCACAGCAAUACCUGUAGAAUAGGAACCGGCCCUUCCUGUGUGUUAGUCACAAGGUGUAAAUAGUUACAUAGUCCAACUGAUGUGUAAAAAUAUCAAAUGCGUUUGUGAAACGCUGAAAAUACAUUUCAAUAUUUGAUCACCCAAAAAUGAGAAUUCUCAACAAAUAGUACCAGAGUUCUUUUGUAACGUACAGUACUAAUUACUACAUUUCAUUUUUUCAUUGGAGUUGACGUGCUGUGGCAUGCUAGACAUUUUCUCGACAGUACAUAGAGAAUAACUUAUAUACAGCAACUAAUCUGAAGUUU